GUGAUGGACAGUCCCUUUAAAGGGAGUGUACUAGAGGGGAGUCUGCAGAUAUCUUCACACUUGCUCACCGAUUCCUCUGUUUGCCUGGUAAGGAAAAUUCACCUUUUAUUUACUAAUUCAUACAUUUCAUAAAAUGUUGAAGAUGCUUUCUCAGCUCAGCAGUUUUUUUGGAAUUAUACAAGACACUUGUGCUGUAUUUGAGUGAGCUGUUAAUGAUUUAAAUAUUGUUAUUUCAUGUAGCAUGACUUGCUUGCUAUGACAUGCAAAUUGACUUACAGUAUCAGUUUGCCAAUAUGAGUACACUUGAGGGAAGAAAUGUCUGAAUAUUGCUAAAAUAAUGUUGGAUUUGGUCUGUUAUAAUAUACACCAUCCAACAGUCAUCAUAACUGGUCAUAUAUAAACAGGGAUAUGGGUAUGAUAGCGUUUAAUUGUUUACCACUAAUUCACAUGACCACAUUACCAGUCUCCAGGCUGCACCCAUUAAAAGUAAUUGAGAGAGGAGAUAAGCAUUUCCUUAGGUGAUGCAUUGAGAUGGAAGUUCUGGCUCCUGGUCUUGGCUAAGUGUAUCCUGAGGGGAUCAUGAAGCUACCACGGUGUGUUCUACGAGUACUCCUGGACCCCAGGGUCAACACUAACUACAUGGAUUUAUAACGUGUUUAAAUUGAUGGAAUAUUACUCUCAUCAACAUAACAAUGCCCACGCCAUCACAUGACUGAGAAUCUAAAACCUUCAUUAAUUAAUGCACAUGUUUGUACGGGCUAUGUUUGUACGGGGACUCAGGCUACACUUUUGCAGGUUAAUUAUCCACACAUCUGCUGCUGGGGGAAGUAAGCUAAGGAUGUUUUUGAAACAGGACUGCAGAGGUAUCCUCAUCACCUUACCUAAUCAAUAUCAGUAGUCCAGUAAAUAUCAGUUGUUUUUAUACAAAAAUGACAGAGCUGACCUUGAUUAGCAUUUUUAUUAUUCCAUUUCAAUGCAGGAGUCCUUGGUCUUUCCGGUCCUCAAAGGAGAUCUGUUGUAUUUGUUCUUGUGCUUUUGAAUCUAACCAUUAAGAAAACUGUGGGAGACCAACUCCCAACUUCCACAAAUGACCCCAAGAUGACUGAAGCUCAAACCACCCAACCCACCACAACCAUCAGCAAACUGUAUCCUAUAUGCACAACCAGGUCAAAGACUGAAAACAGCCAAACCAUUCACACCACCACUGUCCCUCCAGGAAGAGACUACUACAAUACAGACCGCAACAAAGAAGUCUUCCCUACAUCCCAGACUGGGGGAGAAUACACCAUAGCUCAAGAUUACAUCACAAACAUCUCUACACUCAAGACUGAGAGAAACGACACAGAAGAUGAUAUUAACGUCACCCAUUCUUUCAAUAAUGAGAUGGUGAAGUAUAGUGAUGUCAUACCAACAUCUCAGACCAAUGGAAACCAUAUUCAAGAUGGGGGCAAGGACUUUGAUGACCAAGGCUCCAUUGCCUCCGAUAUGACCCAAACUGAGAACUAUAAUAUCACCACAGAGCCUACCCCUACAGCUACAGCAAGAUCCACAAUGGGAGACAUGACUGUAAAUGCUGCAUUAACCAGAAAGAAGAUGAGGUCUUGUAAAAUAUUUAGCUGUAUCGGCAUAACGUGCUACAAACAUGUGAAGGUCAUGGAGGAGUUGUGUGAGGAGGGUAUGGACUUCUGUGAGCUCAAGAAAGCCUCAAGCCAGGUCACCUGGAAUACAUACGUGGCAGUGUGGAGUGCUGGAUGCGCCAGAGACUGCAGACAGAGCACUAAGUGUGGUCCCUUCAGCUCGUACCAAUGCCACAAUGAGUGUUGUGUGGCUGGGGCUGUCUCCUGUCUCAGACUGGAUGGUUCUCUCAACAUGCCUGUCAACUCUGCCUGCUGUGGCCUGGGGAGUCUCUCCCUCCUGGCUCUGAGUGUAACCUCUCUACUGGACAAUCUACUCAACACGCGCUAAUCUACUAACCUUCCUGUGAUAUUAGACUCACUUUAGAAUGCAGAGGGUUUAGUAUGGAUCGACUACAUUUACAUUUAAGUCAUUUAGCAGACGCUCUUAUCCAGAGCGACUUACAAAUUGGGUAAAUUCAUAUUUCAGUUUUGUCAUAUCCACUGCUUGGGCGUCAUUAGUUCUUUCAUGUUUUCUU